AUGACGGGCUUUUCUAAAGUCGCUGUCUAUCGACAAGAUCUUCCACCACGGGGUGGUUAUGCUCCGAUGGCAUGGGCACGAGUACCUGCUCGUCGUAUUCCACUGUGGCCGUUCGUUUCACUUUGGUUUGCUUCAAAUCUAUUCGGGUAUUUUUAUUAUGCAUCCGAAAAACGUCAAUAUUGGCAAAAUGAAAUGGAAACGGAUGAAAGUCGUUCAUGUAUUGAGCCAGUAUUAUUAGCUGAACAAGAUCGUAUUGUUUUACGACAAUAUCGUGCCAAUCGUGAUGAAGAAACGAAAUUAAUGAAGGACGUACCCAAUUGGGAAGUAGGUACAUGGUUUGGUGACAAAGUAUUCAAAUCUCGAACAUUCUUUCCUGAUCGACCACAUUUACUUGAUUAUUAUGGAGUUUCUCGUCCGUCUACACAACGUUUGGAUGUCAAUGCAAGUCAAUGGCAACUUUAA